CCAUUUGUAAUCCGAAACAAAAUCAAACAAUAGAAUAUUCUGAAUGCAAUGUGACUGGCUUUUGGCAGAACUAUAACAAAGAAAUAGAGAAAUACUGUUUAAAUAUGCCACGAAUUGAUUACCUAGCACCGUACAAAAACAAAUUUUGUAAAAUUUGUAAUGAAGUAUUCAAUAAUGAAAUCCAUUGGAGUUCGGAAACAACUAGGGAACUAAUUCAUGAUAUUGUUCGUGAUAUUGGUUACGGAUUCCAAGCACCAUCAUAUAGGGUCAUAUUUGAAUUUUCUAACAACAAACAAUCAUCAAAACAUAACACAGAGACACCUAGAUGUAACUCAAGUCAGAUUGUCUUUCUUAAUGAAUGUCGUGAUAUACGUUGUUAUCCUGGUAGAAUGCUUGUCGAUACAGGAUGUACUCCUCUUUUCCAAACAACAACAAACCUGGGAUACAUUUUGUAUGGGUCAUUAAAAACUCGUUUGAUGAAUAAUGUGAAUGCUUCGAUGCCUUUCUUCGAGUUGGUUGGUGAAUCUUUUAAAGAGUUUAUAAGGAAACGUUUGAAUUUAUGGUACAUUGAUUUUAAAACUUCUAUUACUCUGUCUAAUUUGUACUGUCCACGCAAUCAGCUGAACAAAUUAUACAAAGGAGAUGAUGUUUUGAUAUUGGUUUACCACAAAUUAUUCAUAACGGAAUCUGUUAAUCGUUCCAGGACAGAAGAACAGCUGGUUUCGUUGUUAGGCUCAUCAUUCAAUGUUACCUAUGAUGAUUUUGAACAGACAUUUCUUUUUGAGCGUGAUGCGAAGGCGUUUCAUUUACCUACUGUAGUUUCAAGAAUGAAAUUUACUGAUAAAUGCUACACUAUUAACGAAAUAGUUCAUUCAUACCCUGGACAGUUAUACAUUCAUUCACACGUGAAUCAACUUUUGGUUUGCGAACAAAUCGAAUUGAACGAAAAUGAAUUCAGUGUAAAUUUGAAAGAUUUAAAGUUAACAAUAUAUUCACGAAAUACUGACAUUGAACUAGAUGAUUAUAUGGUGAUCUCAACUCGAAAAGCAAGAUUAUGCGUAAACCGUUUGCAGUCUUUAAAUACACGAACGGAUUCUAACAAUUCUACAGUUGUAUGGAACACAGUGGCAUUGGUGUUCACUUGCAUAUCUCUUGUUUGUUUAGGUUUAACGUUUUUCACUUAUUGUUUUUUUUUUAGUUUGAGAACCCUACCGGGAAAAAAUAAUAUGUGUUUAGUAUUUGCAAUGUUCUGCGCGCAGUUUGUUUUUCAGUUUGUAGAAAUUGGUACAAAAUCUGAUAUCGGAUGUAAAGUUAUCGGUGUUUUAAUACAUUAUUUUUGGUUGGUAACGUUUGGUUGUCUCAAUGUAUGUUCUUUUCAUAUGUUCUACGUUUUUACAAGCAAAACAGGCAUUCAUAUAUCCGAAACAUCUAGACUGGCAGUGUAUAUAUUAUAUUCUUAUGGGAUACCAGCAAUAAUUGUAGUACUAAAUAUUAUUAUAACCAGAAGUCUAUCUAGCGGUACACUGAUUGGAUACGGAGGUCGGGUGUGUUUUUUGAAUCAACAAAUCGCAUUCAUUGUUACUUUCAUAGUUCCAAUAAGUCUGGUUUGCUUUUCAAAUAUUUUCUUUUUCAUUGGGACUGCUUUAAAAAUAGCACGACGACCAAAAUUGAAAAAUGAUUCACAAAUGAGAUUAAAUGAAAUUCAAUUUAGCGUUUACGUGAAAUUAUUUUCUAUAACGGGAAUUUCUUGGAUUUUUCAAAUUAUUGAUUCUUUCAUACCUUUUUCAGCCUUUUCGACAAUAGUUUCUCUUUUGAACGCUUUACAGGGUGUGUUUAUAUUUAUUUCGUAUGUCUGUAAUAGACGUGUAUUAAAUCUCUAUAAGCAAACUAGAAAGUCUCUAAGCGAAAACAGUAAUUCAAAAACAAGCAGACAUACAACAUCCACCGAACUCAGUGGAAUUUAGAUACUAGUAUAUGAAAUACACCGAACUAUAUUUCGAUAUAUCAGCCACUUUGUUGAGUGGAGAUUGAGAAUAUAACCCAUUGAAACAGUGAAGUUUAGGCCUACAAUAUUCACCGAACUGAGUAGAAUUAGAUAUGCAACAUACACUGAUUGAUGUUUAGAUAUACAUCAGCCUCUUCGUUGAGUGGAGAUUAGAUAUACAACCCGAAAAAUCAGUGAACUUUAGGCCAGCAUUAUCAACCACCCUGAUUAGAAUUCACAUACACAACAUAAACCAAACUGAGUGAAGUUUAAAGAUUCAACAUCAAUCAAACUAAAUUACGUUUGGAUACACGACAUACAUUAAACUUAUUGAUGUCUAGAUACACACCAUCUUCUAAGCUUAGUGGAAUUUGAAUAAACAACCCAAGUUAACAGUGAACUUUAGGCCUGCAACAAGAACCACACUGAUUGGAGUUUAGACACACAAUCUUAACAAAACUGAGUGAAGUUAAGAUAUACAACAUCCACCAAACUGUAUCUAUAUUUAUAUAGAACAUCCACCACGCUGAGAGAAGUUUAGACACACAAUAGCAAUCAAACUUAAUUAAGUUUCGAUAUGCAAUACCAACCGAAUUUCGAAGAAUUAUAAAUUUAUUCUACAAAAUUAGUCAAACAUUGCAUGAAUGUUAUUAAUGAGAAAAAUACUUAACU